AUGUAUCGAUCGGAGGCAGCAUCACCAGAAAGGUGGCCAGCCUCGGAAACAAACGACCACCACGCAUCAAACGAGCAGCUACAGAACUCCGUGGAGUGGUCGGCGGGGCGAGAGCAGCAAUCCACCCACAACACCACCGUGCCAGUCCCGCCAACAGCGGCCGUCAUGUUGCGUAGAUCCUCGAAAACGCGGCCCUUUAAGCGGGGACCGUCCCUGAUUGAGCUAGAAGGCAAGGGGAAUGAUUGGGAUCGCAUACCGGAAGAACAGCAACAACAUCGAACGGAUCUGACGGACGAAGAACUGCUGGCAAAAACUAGCUUGGCCCAAACACUGGUCGCCUCCCUCUUGGAAAACACCGGGGCACAUGGCAUCCCCAACAUCAAAAGGGCACCCAACAAUUUCCGCAAGAUUUUCUGGACCGCACUCUUUCUAACGGGGGUUGCCAUGUUCAUCUGGCAGACCUCUUGGCUUGUUACACGGUACUACUCGUACGGUGUGGACACCAAAAUGGAAAUCUCGAGCGACAGGAUGGUGGAGUUUCCUGCCGUCACCAUCUGCAACCUGAACCCCAUCAAGAGUGAUUUUUUGGAAGACUUGGUCGACCAAGGAGUACCUCUACCACCCAGCCUAACUCGUCCAAAAAGGGGUUAUGGUGACGACAGCGAAGAGGAAGAAUUUGACGAUCGUUUUGAGAUGCUUGGAGAUGCUGUGGAACUCGUGGCUGCGUUCAGGUACAACGACAGACGGGCCAGUGGCCAUCUGCUGAGGGAUAUGCUGUUGAGAUGUGCCUUCCAGGGGAAGCCUUGUCAUGCUAGGGAUUUCACCUUUUUCUACCACUAUCUCUACGGCAACUGCUACAUCUUCAAUGCUGGACCCGACCCCAACACUACAACCCCGAGAUACUUUGUGACCAGAGCGGGACCACUUUAUGGUUUGACGUUGGAGUUGUAUAUUGAGCAGGACCAGUACAUGGAGAACGUCCAACCAGCGGCGGGGGCAAGGGUCGUUGUGCAUGCGCGUCACGACAUGCCAUUUCCUGACGAUGAGGGCGUGAGCGUCUCGCCUGGCCAAGAGACGUUCAUUGGUUUCAAGAGGACCAACUUCACAAGACUGAACUAUCCCUACACUAACUGCACACUGGUGGCCGAUGGCAAUGCUACAAUAUUCAACGUUCCACUGCCUCAUGUUAGAUACAGUCAGCGGGCGUGUGAAAACGACUGCUAUUAUCAAAACCUGACCAAAGAGUGUGGCUGUGCGGACGUCAGGUUUCGGUAUGAUGACGACGUACCUCUAUGCUCGAAUACAACUCAAGAGGAUUGCAAGAAUAGUGUUGAGAUGAAGUAUCUAGCGGGCAACCUGGACUGUACAUGCACGCCUCCAUGCAGGGAGCUACAGUACAACUUCGUAACUGGGCAGGCACGUUGGCCAAACGAGAAAUAUAAGCCUUUCCUCCAGGACUCUAUCGGGAACUUUUCGGCUGAUUUGGAGCAAGACAGGGACAGAGAUGGCGAUCCCAAUUUCUUGGAAAAGAACGUUCUUAAGUUGAACGUAUAUUAUGACAGGCUGGAGUACACGACUAUCUAUCAAGAAAAGGCCUAUGAUGAGAUUGCCCUACUGAGUGACAUGGGAGGCAACGUGGGACUGUGGCUAGGGCUCUCCGUCCUGACAUCUGUUUGAAUCGAGCUAUUCUAUGACUUGAUGAAGCUCAUUUGCUACCGACUUAUCAACAAAUCAGGCAAGAUGAAUGGCAGGCGGGAGGCAAAGUGACGUCAUCCGACGUGCAAUUGCAACAAGUGCCUAACCUCAAAGGAAACGAUGAAGAGAAACACAAUGGCUACGAGGGCUAGUGAUAAGGGUAUUGUAAUAUUUAAGACAAAAGAACGAUGGUUGCUUUUUA